AUGGUCUACAUCCACUCCUGGCAAGAGUUCCAGGAUGCGGCCGAGGCUCUCUACUCAAAAGCGCCAAAUAACACGCGCUAUGGUGUAAAAUGGAAAUCGUCAGAGGGGAAGCUGGUCCUCAAAAUCACCGAUAACACGACAUGUAUCAAGUUUAAAACGAACUCCUCGAUCUUUCUUAAUCGAUUCGAUGCUCUGAACCUAUCACUCAUCCAGAAGAUGCAAAACCAGAGACCGAAGGAAGAGUCACCUGCACCUGCACCUCCGGACCUGACUUCACCCGUCAAAAAGGAAGAGGAGGCCUCUCUUCCGCCUUCUUCGUCAACUACGAUCCCAACAGCGACACCAUCGGCGGGAGGGGUUAAGAAGAAAAAGCCGAAGAAGAAAAAGUGA